AUGGGUAUCAAUCUUCCCUUGGCUGCAAAAACCACAUCCCAAGCUGCUAACAAUCUCCCUCGAUCCAUUCACCGCCUCCCGGUAUUGGAAUUGGCCUCAGUUUGCAUCAACUUAACUCUGCUCCUUUUGUUCCUAUCAGUUGUGUCUGCGAGGCAGGUUGUUCUGUGUUUUGGCCGGAUACGAAUUCGAAAGGAGAAUUUGGGCCGUGGCCAGGCGGCUGUCGGGAGUGGGACCGUCCUUCAACGUGAUGAUGGGAUUCAGAGCCUUGUGAUUGAUAGAAGCUAUAAAGCUUCCGUGUUUUGCUGCUUUUAUGUUCUGCUGUUACAGGUUUUUGUGUUGGGUUAUGAUGGGAUCCUCCUAAUAAGGGCGUCUGCUCAUUGGACUACAAUACUGCUGCCAGCCUCUCAAAGCUUGGCUUGGUUUGUGUUGAGCUUUUCGGCUCUUUACUGUCGAUACAAGCUUUCCGAGAAAUUUUACCUCUUGUCGAGAAUUUGGUGGAUUGUGUCGUUUAUCACUGGCUUGUCUAUGCUAUAUGCUGAUGGCAGAGGGUUUAUGACUGAAGGAUCGGGCCAUUGGAACUCUCAUGUGAUUGUGAAUCUUGCAAUUACUCCCGCCCUUUCUUUUCUGUGUUUCGUCGCUAUCAGGGGUGAUACAGGUAUUCAAGUGAUCAGAAACUCUGAUCUUCAGGAGCCACUGCUUGAAGAGGAUGCAGGUUGUCUAAAGGUCACUCCUUAUAGCGAGGCUGGGCUUUUCAGUUUGGCCACUCUUUCUUGGCUAAAUCCACUCCUCUCGAUCGGGGGAAAGAGGCCGCUUGAGCUCAAGGAUAUCCCGUUGCUCGCCCCAAAGGACCGCUCUAAGACUAACUACAAAAGCCUGAACUCGAACUGGGAGAAGCUAAAAGCCGAUAAUCCCCAUAAGCAGUCUUCCUUAGCGUGGGCCAUUUUCAAGACGUUCUGGAAAGAGGCAGCACGUAAUGCGGUAUUUGCUGGGGUAAACACUCUAGUCUCAUAUGUGGGCCCGUACAUGAUCAGCUACUUUGUGGACUAUUUAGGAGGGAAGGAGGCCUUCAAGCAUGAGGGCUACAUUCUUGCUGCUAUUUUCUUCUCAGCCAAGUUGGUAGAGACCCUGACUACCCGACAGUGGUACCUUGGGGUUGAUAUCCUGGGCAUGCACGUGAGGUCGUCCCUAACGGCUAUGGUUUACCGGAAGGGGCUCAGGCUCUCGAGCUCCGCCAGGCAAAGCCACACGAGUGGUGAAAUCGUUAACUACAUGGCGGUGGACGUCCAGAGAGUGGGCGACUAUUCUUGGUACUUGCAUGAUAUAUGGAUGCUCCCACUUCAGAUUAUACUUGCGCUUGCGAUUUUGUACAAAAACGUGGGAAUUGCAUCUGUGGCCACACUCAUUGCCACUAUUGUGUCGAUUGUGGCCACUGUUCCAUUGGCAAAGGUUCAAGAGGACUACCAGGACAGGCUAAUGGCGGCAAAGGACGAUCGGAUGAGAAAAACCUCAGAGUGCCUCAGGAAUAUGAGGAUUCUCAAGCUGCAGGCUUGGGAGGAUAGGUACAGGCUGAUUCUUGAGGAGAUGCGGGCAGUGGAGUUUAAGUAUCUGAGGAAAGCGCUUUACUCGCAGGCUUUUAUCACAUUUAUUUUUUGGAGCUCGCCAAUUUUCGUCUCGGCUGUGACUUUUGGCACCUGCAUCUUAUUGGGCGGCCAGCUGACAGCUGGCAGCGUGCUUUCGGCUCUGGCAACGUUUCGGAUCUUGCAGGAGCCACUUAGGAACUUUCCUGACUUGGUCUCGAUGAUGGCUCAGACUAAGGUUUCGCUUGAUAGGAUAACUGGGUUUUUGGAUGAGGAGGAGCUUCAGGAGGAUGCCACAGUGGCCUUGCCACGGGGUGUUUCGCAUGUGGCUAUUGAAAUUAAAGAUGGGGAGUUUUGUUGGGACCCGUCUUCUCCUAGUCCGACUCUAUCGGGGAUACAGAUCAGGGUUGAGAAGGGGAUGCGCGUAGCUGUUUGCGGUGUGGUUGGUUCUGGGAAAUCAAGCUUCCUUUCCUGCAUACUCGGCGAGAUUCCAAAAAUAUCAGGCGAGGUUAAAAUUUGUGGUUCUGCUGCGUAUGUCUCUCAAUCUGCUUGGAUACAAUCAGGGAAUAUAGAGGAGAACAUUCUGUUUGGGAGUCCGAUGGACAAGGCAAAAUACAAGAGUGUCAUUCAUGCUUGUUCGUUAAAGAAAGAUUUGGAGCUUUUCUCACAUGGCGAUCAAACCAUUAUUGGUGAUAGAGGCAUAAAUCUUAGUGGCGGCCAGAAGCAACGGGUGCAACUGGCCCGAGCUUUGUAUCAUGAUGCUGAUAUUUAUUUACUUGAUGAUCCCUUUAGUGCAGUUGAUGCACACACUGGUUCAGAAUUAUUUAAGGAGUACAUAAUGACGGCGCUAGCUUCGAAGACUGUUGUUUUUGUCACUCAUCAAGUUGAAUUCUUGCCUGCUGCUGACUUGAUUUUGGUUUUGAAGGAAGGCCGUAUAAUUCAAGCUGGAAAAUACGAUGAACUUCUCCAAGCGGGCACAGAUUUUAACACACUGGUCUGUGCCCACCACGAAGCCAUCGAGGCCAUGGAUUUCUCCAGCCAGGGACCCGUGGACUUAGACAGGCACGACAGCUCACUCAUGAGCGACAAAUGCAGUUCUGUCGGCCAAAACAUCUCUUCCAUGGCUGAUGAGGCACCGCAAGGCGUGCCCUCGACAUCCAGCCAAAAAUCCAUCAAGGAAAAAAAGAAAUCUAAACGUUCUAGAAGAAAACAGCUCGUCCAGGAGGAGGAACGCGAAAGGGGACGAGUCAGCAUGAAAGUGUACUGGUCUUACAUGACAGCCGCAUACAAGGGACUAUUGAUUCCUUGUAUUAUUUUAGCUCAGACUUUGUUUCAGGUCCUUCAGAUAGCGAGUAGCUGGUGGAUGGCAUGGGCCAAUCCGCAGACGGCCGAUGACGAGCCCAGGACGAGCAGUAUGGUGCUUCUUGUGGUGUAUAUGGCUCUUGCCUUUGGGAGCUCGUGGUUUAUAUUUGUGAGGGCCGUUCUGGUGGCAACUUUUGGGCUUGCGGCUGCACAGAAGUUGUUUCUGAAGAUGCUUAGGACGGUGUUUCGGGCUCCCAUGUCUUUCUUUGACUCGACGCCAGCCGGGCGCAUACUGAAUCGGGUGUCGAUCGAUCAAAGUGUUGUUGAUCUUGAUAUUCCAUUCAGACUUGGUGGUUUUGCCUCGACAACUAUCCAACUUCUGGGCAUUGUUGGUGUGAUGACGCAAGUUACCUGGCAAAUUUUGCUUCUCGUUAUCCCAAUGGCUAUUGCUUGUUUGUGGAUGCAGAAAUACUACAUGGCCUCAUCCCGAGAAUUGGUUCGCAUUGUAAGCAUCCAGAAAUCGCCAGUAAUUCAUCUUUUCGCUGAGUCAAUUGCUGGGGCAGCUACCAUCAGAGGUUUCGGGCAGGAAAAAAGAUUUAUAAAGAGGAAUCUUUAUCUUCUGGAUUGCUUUGCUCGGCCGUUUUUCUGCAGUCUGGCGGCAAUCGAGUGGCUUUGCUUGAGGAUGGAGUUACUCUCGACUGUUGUGUUUGCUUUUUGUAUGGUUUUACUUGUGAGCUUCCCUCAUGGAGCUAUAGACCCAAGUAUGGCAGGUCUUGCUGUGACGUACGGCCUCAAUUUGAAUGCACGUUUAUCUCGGUGGAUACUCAGCUUUUGCAAGCUUGAAAACAAAAUCAUCUCUAUAGAAAGGAUUCAUCAGUAUUGCCAAAUACCUAGUGAAGCGCCAGCACUCAUUGAUGACUCACGGCCCCCACUAACUUGGCCUGAAAAUGGCACGAUUGAACUAGUUGAUUUAAAGGUUCGUUACAAGGAGAGUCUUCCUGUUGUGCUACAUGGUGUCACUUGCACAUUUCCAGGCGGCAAGAAAAUUGGAAUUGUGGGUCGUACUGGAAGUGGAAAAUCCACCUUGAUUCAGGCUCUGUUUCGAUUGAUCGAGCCAGCUAGUGGUAGAAUAAUCAUAGACAAUAUUGAUAUCUCAACUGUCGGUCUUCAUGACCUACGAAGCCGGCUGAGCAUAAUACCCCAAGACCCAACUUUAUUCGAAGGAACUAUUAGGGGCAACCUUGACCCCCUGGAAGAACAUUCGGAUCAGGAAAUUUGGGAGGCACUCGAUAAGUCGCAGUUAGGAGACAUAGUUCGCCAGAAAGAGCAUAAACUGGACACACCAGUUCUAGAAAAUGGAGAUAAUUGGAGUGUCGGCCAAAGGCAGCUAGUAUCUUUGGGCCGGGCUCUGCUUAAACAGGCAAAGAUUUUGGUGCUCGACGAGGCUACGGCCUCAGUUGACUCGGCCACGGAUAAUCUCAUCCAAAAGAUUAUAAGAACAGAAUUUAAAAACUGUACCGUUUGCACAAUUGCUCACCGUAUCCCUACAGUUAUUGAUAGCGACCUGGUUUUGGUCCUAAGUGACGGUAGAGUAGCAGAAUAUGAUACUCCGGCAAGACUACUCGAGGAUAAAUCGUCCAUGUUUCUCAAGCUCGUCUCGGAAUACUCGUCAAGAUCAAAUGGCUUUCAAGAUUUUUGA